GAGCCACCUCCCCCCGCUUCCGCCCUCUGUCCUAUAUCGCUCCAGUGACGUGAGCCGCGCACGGGCUGAGCCAAUCAGGCAGGCAGCAGUUAGUCGCCGGCGCGAAAGCGGUGGAAGCUUUGAACAAAACAGCGGAGAGCGGACGGGAUGAUGGUGAACGAUGGCCCGGGCGAAUGAAUUGGCAAUAAUUGAAACAGAGAUCAAUGAAUUUUGGACUAAAUUCAAAACCACUGGUUGCAGUGAAUCCAUUGACCAGACACUGGGGUUAAGAGAAUUAUGGUAUGAGACCAUAAGCAAGCUUUCAGACAAGUGGUCCAAGAGGUUAAAAGAAGGGGACCAAAUCAUCAGUAAAUUCCAGGAGUAUACAGAUGAGUUCUGCCAAAAGAACAAAUCCAUUGAAGAGAAAGAGCAGAAAUUAUCCCAAGUUCUUGCUAAUAUUAAGGAUGGCAAAAAACAAGAGACAGACUUGAUGGAGAGCAUUCAAGAGCUUAAGGAAGAAUUGAUCAGAAAAAGUAAAAUGAAAAACAAAGCCACAGAAGAAAGACUGGAGCGACUUAAGAAUGCUGAAAAACUAUUUAAAGAGCGGCUUGGGCUAGAAAUUCGUAAAACUUGUGCUAAUCAUUUGCAGUUUAUAUUUCGCUGUAUUGACCACAAAGAUCCUGACAAGCCAUACAUGCUUACUCUUUCCAUCAAUGAAGAGGGAGCCUAUGAAGUGGUCUCUUGUUCUCCUCCCUUGGAUUGUGUGGAAGAACUGCAACUGAAAGUGAGAGAAACCAACAAUUUUUCUGCAUUUAUUGCUAACAUCAGGAAAGCCUUCAUUGCUUUGCCUUACAAGUGAUUUGUUGCCAUAUCUGUAAACCUGCCUUCAUGCAUAUUCUUGUUAGCUUUUUAUAUUAAAAAAAUAAAAUAUUUCCUGGUU